GAAACGGUGGUUUCUGUCAAUCCAGUUGGAGUAGUUUCACUCUGGCCGUAGAACAGGGCGUGCAGCUAUAAACCAGGCAAGAUCUCCAACUCUGAACCCCUGCAACUGACAGCCGGGAAGGUGACUACGGCAGAAUAACAAGCGCCCAACAGGGUGGCAGCUGAUUUGCACUGAGCCGCCUAGCCGUGAAAUCAUCCUCCAGUUCUCCUAUUUGCUUUCCCCAACGAAAAUAACACUGCCAGGGAAAUACCAAAGCGAAAAUACCAACCAACUGGAAGGAACGCAACUUUUCGCUCCUGGACUACUCCGUCUAUAUAUAUAUAUUGGCGGAGGAAGCUGUUUGGUUGUUGGCUAAUCUUCAGCACCGCCCGCAGUUCCCAGGGGCACAGAGAAGUCACAAUAACGCCAUGCGGACCCCGGUAGUAAUGAUCAUAGGCAUGGUACUGGCUCCUUGCGGACUAGUGCUGAACUUAACCUGCACUGUUGCCCCGAACUGGCGCCAGCUCAGUCAACUGACUGGCAAGCCGCAAGACGUAGUUGAACACCAGGGCAUCUGGGACAUCUGCGACGAGACCGUCACAAACCAAAACAAAGUCUGUGGAAUCUCCAACACCGAGUACUUUGGAUUAAAGGUUGUGAUGGUUGCCAGGGCACUCAUGAUUACUUCUCUGGUGGUCACCGCAUUGGGGAUCGUAGUGGCAUCGCUGGGUGUCCGCUGCUGGCAGGACGAGCCUCACUUUGUGUUAUCUGGAAUAGGCGGACUAGUGAUCUUCAUCUCUGGGGUGCUCAGCCUUAUUCCUGUCUCCUGGUACAACAACGGCAUGUAUUCGCUGCUAAGCACAGACAGCAGUAGCAUUACUAUCCAGGUGGACUAUGCUUUGGUACUGGGCUAUCUGGGUAGCUGCUUCGAAAUCAUCGGUGGCUUUUCACUUGCGCUUAGUUUUGUUCGCGGCUGUAAGGACUGUAUAGGGAGCAGGCGCAAGUCUCCUACUUCUACUUUAUAUUACAAACAGAAUCCGCGCAACCAUUCUGGCAACCCCACAAGCGUCUACAGUAUCAGAACUGACAGGGACAAUUUAGGCUAUAGUGUUGGCAAUGACAGCUAUGUGCAGGGUAAUGACAGGCGAUAUGCACCUUCCGAGGUGUCAGUGCCAAAGUCAUACAGCAAUCCCAGGGAUGUAAUAGAUAAAGAGCAUUCCAGGGGCCCUCGCAGGCCUGCCAGCCAACUCAGCUCCUUGCCCUGUGAUUCCGAUCUCUUAUAAAGCAUUCUGUAAAUAUUAUACACUGCAGAUUCAUUGCCUUUUAGUCAUUUGUACAGAUUGAAAAACGAAUUCUAGCUGUAGCUAAUCAACUUUAAGAACUUGAACAAUGACUCAUGGUAUAAUUAUUCUUUAAAUAAUUUCUAAUAUAAAAGUGCGCUGAACAGCUUUUCUAAUGAAGGUCUUGUGUCCAUAUGAAGGGUGUAUAUAAAGUUGGUCCUUGUUCAUUUUUCUAGUUUAGUCAGUGCGCUAUGGCCAUUGAUAAGCUGACCAAUGUCCAGUUGUAAAAAUACAAUUUCAAUAUCUCCUUGAGAGCUAGAGGCUUUUAAGAAUUGCGGAAGGCCUGCAGUUUUUGAAUUUUGAAUGCCUUAAAACUAUUUAUGAGCACUCUGUAUUUUAAGGAAGAACUAUAAUAGUGAAUGUUUGCCCUGUUGUAAGGAUCAAAGAUUGAAAAGCAAAGAGCAACUAAAUCAGGUGAGUGGCAGGUACAGGCAAAGAGUAUGACACUUUAAAUACUAUUUGUUCUGGUGUGCUAUACUGGCACAAUUAGAAACACAUCUACAUGUAUUUUGGUACCAUACACUAACUUACUGUACCAUAUUAAAUAUUGCUUUGUCUUACAGAAAUGAUAACAAACUGUAAAGUUGAUCCCCUUGUAGCUCCCAUAUAUUUACAAUACCUUAAUAUGUAACAUCUUUCUAGAAAGGAAACAUAUUAUACCAGCACAUACGCAAAAAUAGUUGCAUGGUGGAGUAUUAAGGUCUGUGGCAUAUAAGGUAUAGGUAAACAUGACAGGACAGUGGCUUCCGGAAUUUGUCAUGUUCUUUUGGUAUUUCCUUAGAGUUAUCUUUAUAUACAUUGUAUUCAGUUUGUGAUAUUAUUUUGUAACAAGAUUCUUUGCAAAUAGGGAGGGUGAAAAAACUAAAAAUCUUUGUGAGUCACAUUCACAAUUUAAAGGGAUUCUGUGAUGAUUUUUACUUGUUAUUACUAGUUUACAUAGCAAAUAAUUCACUUCAAUAAUGGUUCUUUUUCUGUGCAAUUUGUAUGUUUAAUGUAUUCACCCAUUUAUUGUACAAUGCUGCACAAUCUGUUGGCACUUUAUUAAUAUUUGUUAAUAAUGUAUAAAACACUCUGUGUGGAAC